CCGCAAAUCAAAAAUAGAAACAUCUCUCAAAGUCUCCCAUCAGGGACUAUGAUAGUCAUAGCUAUUCUAAACGCGCCGACAGUUGACUUAAACGGGUCAUCGGGGCUACGGCUAACGAUUCAGGAAGAGAUCGGCGACGCGAGAAAAGAAACGAUCCGCCAUCUGGACCGAUGAUCUUAUAAGCCGGCGUCACGUUAGAAGCGUGCGUUACGAGACGAAGGAGCGAACGCAUUGCGCGUACGUGUUGCGCGUUCAGUAGCCCGCGGAAUCGUACGCGAAAUGUGCGUGCAUGAUUUUGGUACAAUUAUACUCUUUUCCGUAUUCUUCCUUAGCGAAAGAAUAAUCCGUGGAAAGUGUUGAGUCGUGAGUGUUCGUUGAAACUCCUAUUGUUUUAAAAUUUAAAAUAUCGCGUGCAGUAUCGAACGAUGCAACGAUACGUCAAAUAUGCAAAUUAUGAUUAGACUUUAACGAUUUAUAACGUUGAAGCUUUCAAAACACAAGAAAAAUGAGACUACAAUUGCAACGUGUGGGAAUCGCGUUUAGCUUGAUAGUGCUGUUAUCCGCGUUUGAAUUUUGCACGAGCAACAACGCUACCUGGAUCGGCGGCCGCGGCAAGAAGACGCGCGUAGUCAGGAGGCUAAGAAAGGACUUCCGAAAGUUGAAGAAGCAAGAGGGAGCGUUAAAGCUGAUAGGAGGCGAAAGCGGCGAACACGAAGGAAACGUGGAAAUACUUCACGACGGGAAGUGGGGCAGUAUAUGCGACGACGAAUGGGACGACUUCGAGGCCAAUGUGGUUUGCAAGCAAUUAGGCUUUAACGGUGCAAUUAAAGCAACGACUUAUGGCCACUUCGGUCAGGCCAGAAGAAGAUACUGGAUGGAUAACGUUUAUUGCGACGGAUCCGAGGUCGAACUCGCGAAAUGCCGUUUCGACGGUUGGGGCAUCUCCGACUGCGGCAGCAACGAAGCUGCCGGCGUCAUUUGCUCGCGCGACAAGGAAACGAGAACAUCGUCACCACCAGUCCCGCAAGAGAAGUCACCGAAGGCCAGAAUAAAGGACACGUAUCUGCAAGGCACGGCUUUACGAUUAUCCGGAGGACGAGUACAUUCCGAGGGCCGAGUGGAAAUUAAAUUGGGCAAUGCAGAUUGGGGUGUCAUUUGCGGCGACAGCUGGUCCAUUCUCGAGGCCGCUGUGGUUUGCCGUCAAUUGGGCCUCGGUUACGCCUCUGACGCGAUACAGACUAAUUUCUUCGGAAAUGGGGAAACAAUCCCGGUAUCAAUCAGCGGGGUACAAUGCAAUGGGAACGAGGGGAAUCUGGCAGAAUGCCUACAUGACAAGGUUGCAGAUUGCCCAGGGACAGCGGAGAACGUGGCAGGGGUGGUGUGCCAUCGGGAGAUGGCCGAUCUCGUGUUCGAUCACAUCGAGCUGAUGCGCACAGCACAUUUGGAGGACCGUCAGCUCUAUUGGCUGCAAUGCGCGAUGGAGGAAAAUUGCGUGGCUUCCCAGGCCUACAAGAUGCAACGCGAGUCCGAAAAUUGGCACUUGGAGACGAGACGAUUGUUGCGCUUCACCGCGAGAAUCUUGAACGCGGGCACCGCGGAUUUCCGUCCGUCUGUGCCUAAACACCUAUGGGAAUGGCACAUGUGUCACAUGCAUUAUCACUCGAUGGAAGUAUUCGCCACUUUCGAUGUAAUCGAUUCGAGCGGCAAUAAAGUCGCCGAAGGCCACAAAGCGUCCUUCUGCCUCGAGGACAAUCAAUGUAUGCCCGAAGUGCAACCCAGAUACAAAUGCGCCAAUUACGGAGACCAAGGUAUUUCCGUUAAUUGCAGUGACAUUUACAAGCACAAUAUCGAUUGCCAGUGGGUGGACAUUUCCGAGCUCGAGCCAGGACAUUAUACGCUCAAGGUCGCGGUGAAUCCCGAAUUCAAAGUUGGAGAGAUGUCGUUCGAUAACAACGCGGCGAUCUGCCGUCUGCUUUAUACGGAAACUUUUGCAACUGUCCACAGUUGCAUAAUGGGACGUCCUUGACACGAUGCGCACACGCGAUAUUGCGGGGAUUUUUCUAGCUGGGGACAAUCUACGGGGUGAGAGAUUUAUGUCGGGGCUCGUUGGCGUUGACUGGACAUGACGAACAAGAGGCGACACAUUGCGACCUUGCGAUGUGUAUUGUGUAUAGAAUUCGCGAGUGAAUUUCACAGUUCAGAAACAAAGAACUUCAAUCGGAACGCAAGAUACAUCACGAGAUUAAAAACUGGCAAUCGUUAGAAUGAAUGGAAAAAAAAUCGAGACGUUGUUUUAAAAUUGUUACACUAGUUGAGAGAUCCAUAUUUAGAUGUGUGUUCAGCGUAUUCUUAUACGCGUAAAUUUAUAAUCUUAUAAUUAUUUCUAAUAGAAUUAUAAAGAAAAACUGAUAUAAAAAAAAAACAAUUUUGAGAUACAAGCUCAACUUUAAUUUCCGUUUAUUUCUAAACAGCUAUCCUAUAUUUACUUAUAUCGCAGA